AGGCUCGCGCUCCAGGCUUGUCAGGCUUCUUAUAUAGCGGCUAUUUUAGGUGGUGGGGGGGACGAAACUCUACCUCCAUCCUGAACGCCGUUUCCUCCGCGAGCACAAUUGGUCCGGUGUUCGCUCGGUAGGAGGACCCUGAGGAGGGAAAAGAGGAGAGAAAACUCGGCGGUGCACGAGCUCCGGAUCAGAGCUGCAUGGGAGAGAGAGAGAGAGGGAGAGGAGUGACACGAGACGCGUUCGGUUCUUCAGUCGCGAGAGGCGACUCACGGCUGCAAUAACCUAAAAGACUUUCCUUAUUUUUGCUGUUGUUGUUGUGACUGAACCUCGACGUUUUGGAGGAAAAAAUGGCUUUACCUGCAACCAUUUUACCCUCCAUCUCCACAUUCGCCCACCAGAAGGAGAAACUCUGGGAAAACAAGUGGAAGACGGAGGCACCUCUCGCAACCACGUGCCCCGCGUUCAACGGGAUACAAACCACGGACGCUUGUCGUGGUGCAAAGGACGACGAAGAUCUGAGCAAUUAUCUAGAUCUGGAGUUUAUUCUGGCCAACACGAGCGGCCCGGAGUGCACGGCUGUGGAGUACAACCCUGCGGCGGCAGUAGAGCCCUGCGGCUUGUACCAGCCCGUACCCACGGAGCACUGCUCGCCGCCUCCGCCCUACUCCAACAGCCUUAUGGCAGAGCUGCUGCGCUGUGAGGUGGAUGGCUCGUACGGCACGGCCAGCAGCAAUCCAGUGGCCAUCCAGGGACGUUUCGUGGCCACCACGACCGGAUUCCCCAGACAGGACUUUGUAGACAGCAUCAAAGUGGAGCCAUCUGCUGAUGGCUAUGGGCCGGUGAUGGGCAUGGUGCCUCAGAGCUGCCGGAGAGUCAAGCAGGAGGGCGACGCAUCCUGCAUGAUGGCCUUUGAGCAACCCAGACUGGCCGUUUCCCCGCAGGCGGCCGGCAGCAUGACCCCGCCGCUCAGCCCGGACGACCGGGCUCAUGGCCAGGCUCGACUGUGCCACAGCAUGUUUCCACAGAGCUAUUACCAGCCUGCUUACCCUCAGUGCGUGCCGCCGCCCUACACACAGCCGCAGCAGCAGCAGUUUGUUCCAUUCGAAGACGGCCUCAGCCUGCAGAGGGGCCAAGCGCACGGGGCACUGCUCACACCCCCAUCCUCGCCCCUCGAGCUGCUGGAGGCCAAGCCCAAGCGAGGGAGGCGCGCCUGGCCCAGGAAACGUGCUGCCACGCACACCUGCACGUUCGCUGGCUGCGGAAAGACGUACACCAAGAGUUCCCAUCUCAAAGCACAUCACCGAACUCAUACUGGCGAGAAACCUUACCACUGCAACUGGGAAGGCUGCGGGUGGAAGUUUGCCCGCUCCGACGAGCUGACCCGCCACUUCCGCAAGCACACAGGCCACCGGCCCUUCCAGUGCCACCUGUGCGAGCGUGCCUUCUCCAGGUCUGACCACCUGGCCCUGCACAUGAAGAGGCACAUGUGAGAGAGAGCAACGUAUAAAUUACCAAAAGCAUCAUUACUGCCUUAUUUAAGUACCUUGUAAAAGACCAAAAGACUGUUUUCGAUAAAGAUUUAUAUUGUUCUUAUUCUUUUGUAACAAUGUAGCUGGUACUACGGAUCCACAGAGCCAUUUUAAAAAGGCCAUAUGAACUGUUUUGGGGGCAAACACCAACCUGCAGGGCUGGUCCUAAAUAUAGCUAAGUUGAAACUGGAAAUAAUGUGUAAGUUAAAAACAGUGCCUUUAUAAUGACGGACGCGCUGCCAGACGAGUGCAAGCCUGACGACUAGCAAAACUUGGAAAAACAAAAGCAAAGCUGAAGGGAAAAACCUUGUAGACUGUAUGUGUAUAUGCAUAUGGAGUAUGCACAAAUGACAAUGUUUUGCUUUUAAAACUGCCUCCAAAUUGUUUAAAUGAUCAGAACUGUAAUGUAUUUUGUGAUACAUUCUCAGCCAUUGUUUAAUGGAAAUGCAUUUUUUAUUACAACAUAUUGUAUCAUGAAGGUACAAUAACCUGUUCAGGCCCCUUUGUACACUAGCACAUAUACCAGGGCUAGAUGUCCUGAGUUUUUUUUUCUAAGAUUUAUGUACAGACGUUUUAUACUGUAAGUACUGUAUUUAUUGUACAUAUUAAACUAAAUUUGACUAUA